UGCAGAAGGUCCCAAGCAAUAGCGAAAUUGAGGAUCACUAUAAUGAUAUCACAUUCUUCACCUUCCCGCGAGACGAAGCCCUAACCUCCCUCUCUCUGUUCUCUUCACUUUCUUUCUCUCUUUCUUUCACACAAACAACUGAACGGCGCAAAGCAAAUGUCACGUCGGGAAGUUCGGGAAUCCGAUUCCAAGCGCCACCGUUCCAGAUUCGAUAGAGAACCCAGUCCCAAGAGGUCAAGGAGGGACAGGAAAACAUUAGAGGAGAAGUUAUCUAGAAACUCUAGCUCUCACGUUGAAGAUAAUAAAGAUCGGGAUCAGAAACAUGAGCUUCGACAUGUGGGGCAAGACAUGAUGCCUCAUGAGUCUUCAUUAGCACUUGAGUCUAAACUAGAAGGUGAAGUUGGCAAAGGAGCAAAAAGGAACAGUGAUGGGAGAGAUGGAGGGACUAAACAUUCAGUGAAUCCCACUGAAGUGCCACGAUCAAGAUCUUAUUUUCAGCACGAUGAACGUGGUAAUGCCGGGCAAGUUGGUCGAAGCUUUGGUCAGACUGCAACUAGUGAGCGCAGUUGGUGGAAGGAUUCAAAGGAUCCGGAUAAGGAUAAUGAUAGAGCAUCUGGGAAGACAACAGCUUAUAAUUCACAGCAAAGAGAUGAGAAACCACAAGCUGCGAGGGAGGAUAGGCACCAUGAUGGGUCCUCGAAACUGGAGGUCGAUGCACUUGCUCCUGCUCGGAAAAGGCCUGCAUUUAGGGAGAAGAAGAUUACAGUAGGCAAUGAAAAUGGUGAGAAAGCAGCAAUGGUACCAGAGAGUAAGAAAUCGAGUGAUCUGCACCAGCCUCAGGAGGGAAGGGAACGAAGAGAAGAAAGAGGCCGUGACACCAGUUAUUCUGAGAAACUUAAUAAGCAUGUCAAUGGAGACAUGACUACCAGAAGAGAUGAAAUGAAGAGAGGUGGCUAUCCAGCGAGAGAAAGGUAUGGCAAUGGAAGUGGUGGUGGAAAUUACAGGGGAAGAGACAGAUUUAGCGGGAGGCAAGGAUAUCGAGCCAGUGGUACCCGCGUAGAGAAAUGGAAGCACGACCUAUUUCACGAGGCUAAUCGCAGUCCAACUCCAAAGAAUGAAGAGGACCAAAUUGCCAAGGUUGAAGCUCUUCUUUCUACUUAGGUUGGAAUUAGCCAAUGAUGCCAUCUGAUGUUAUUGAGUCUUUAGUGAAUAUGCAUUGACAAAAAUAUUCUCAAGCCUAGUGAAGCAUUUUGAAAUGAUGUUAGCUUUGUUAUGUUUUUUCAAAACAUCAUCUCCUCUUUGAUCUCUUGCUUCUUGUUUUUGAUACAUCUCAAUGUAAUUGAAUUGCCGAAUUCUAUCAACCCGAACUAGCAUUUCAUUAGAGCUUUGGUCGAUCUUGAACUCA